AUGAAGUUUAAUACGUGUACAUUAAACGUUGAAUAUCCCGUCUAUGGUGCUCAAUUUCUAGACAACUCUACCCUUUUGAUUGCUGGAGGUGGUGGUGAAGGGAAAAAUGGUAUCCCUAACAAAUUAAAUACUUUAACAAUUACAGAAACCAAUACUGAAGAUCCUAAAGAUCACAGUUUAAAAUUGAAGAGUAUCAAUGAAUUUGAAUUAGAAGCUGAAGAUGAUUCUCCAACGGCUCUGGAUGCUCAUUCAGGGGUUGUCCUUGUUGGUUGUAAUGAGAAUAGUAACCAGAUUCAAAAUGGUAAAGGUAAUAAACAUAUUAGAAAAUUUACCUAUAAUAAUGAAGACCCUAAGCAUGAAUUGAAAUUUAUUGAAGGAAUCGAUUUUGAUAAAAGUAAAGAUCCAAAUGAAUAUACUAAAUUAAUUAAUAUUUCAAAGGAUGGUACAUUGGCUGCCAUUGCAUCGUCUAAUGAACCUACUAAAUUAAGAAUUAUUCAUCCAGAUGAGAUGUCCGAAAUAUUUGAAAUUGAAAGUUCUUCAGAGAUUAAAGAUUUACAAUUUUCUCCAAACGGGAAAUUAAUCACAUACAUUACUAAAAAUUCUUUAGAAAUGAUUUCAACUGUCACAGGGAAAUGUGUUGCACGUAAUGUCAGUUUUGAUUCUAAUUUAAACUUAUCAAAGAUUAGAUUUAUUGAUAACGAUAGAAUCGUAAUUGCAGCAUCCUUUAUAAAAGGUACUGGUAUCGUAUUAAUUGCCGUUGAUAUAAAGAGUGGGAAAGCUACAAUAACUAAAUCGAAACUUUUAAGUAAAAAAUUUAAAGGUAUUACAUCAAUGGAUGUCGAUUCAAAGGGUCAAUUAGGUGCAAUAUCAACAAAUGAUAAUUCCUUGAUUUUAAUUAAAUUAGGUAGCUUACAAAUUGGUAAAUUAUUUAAACAAGUCCAUGACUUUGCUAUUACUAAAGUCGCCAUAUCACCCGAUUCUCGCUAUGUUGCAAGUGUUUCUGCCGCAAACACAGUGAACGUUAUUUCCGUUCCACGAGCCUACGCAUUAUCCUUAUCUAAAUCUGAAAUUGCAUACAAAACCUUCACUAGAUUUAUUCUUAUUGUGUUGCUUGCAAUAUUAUUCCAACAUAUUGUUCAAAAUGACUUACAUUCUAAAUUUAUGCAAUACGUUGCGGAUCUUAAUGAAAGAAGAAGUAAAAAUAAUUCUACUCAAAGCAAUUAUUUUGUCCAAACAACUCUAGUUGGAAAACACACAACUGUUGCAGACACGAUACCAAGUGGGACUUUGAGUCAAUAG